GGAAGAGCAUGAUGCUUCAUCACUGGAACAUGGACACGAGGAUUAUUGUUGGGGUGUUGGCUUGUCUGUCUUUCGGACAGUGUGCUUUUAUUCCUGACUUCCGCGCUACGUCGUUAGGAUUACAGCCUGACAACGCCUCAAUGGUGCCACCAUUCUCAUCAGGAGCACCGGAGCCUGAUUUAUCUUAUUGUCAGAUGAUUCUGGAUGCUCCAGUUCCCCCCACGGCGGACCAAGUGCCCUGGUACUGCAUUUGCUCUGCUUGCUCCGGAAACAGAGGCCAGAAAGGAGACAGAGGCGACCGUGGAUUGAACGGAGCUCCUGGUAGUGCAGGUCCAAGAGGGCUCACUGGGCUUCCCGGCCGUCCAGGAUUCACAGGACGCCCUGGCUUAAAGGGUGAAAAAGGUGAUAUUGGAGAUAAAGGUGACACUGGUCCCACUGGGUUAACAGGACCAAAAGGAGACAGGGGGAUGAAAGGUGACAAGGGUGACCGUGGCCUAGAUGGUCCCACAGGAGAACAGGGUCCAAAGGGAGACGAUGGUCAAUGCCCGGCAACCUGUGAGCCCAUACCAGGAGCAGAUGGUGCACCGGGUCUUCCCGGCCCUGCAGGUGCACGUGGGUUACCUGGACUGGCUGGAAACCCCGGUCCCAAAGGACUGAAGGGCGAUACAGGUGUGCCAGGCGUGCCUGGCAUUCCAGGUGAAUCAGGGCAAAAGGGUGACCAAGGCCUACAGGGUUUGUGCAAUUGUAGUGAUGGUGCUCCAGGAGCUCAGGGUCAAAAGGGUGAUAAGGGUGAUAAAGGGGAAUUGGGUUUGACAGGGCCACAGGGUCCGAAUGGAACCACAGGACCUAAAGGUAAUCAGGGAGAUAUGGGAAUGAUAGGCAUGCCUGGACCUUGCUCACCUGCCGUGCAAUCUGCUUUCUCUGCCGCUUUACUCGCCUCCAAUCCUCUACCGAACCGCCCAGUGCCUUUCAGACGCCCCAUCUACAACAUAAACCAGCACUACAACCCUGACAAUGGCGUCUACACCGCCCCUGUCAACGGAACCUAUGUGUUUAGCUACAAUCUGCAAGUGUCCACCCGUAUGCUCAAGGUCGGCAUCUUCCACAACUUUGAAGCCGUGGUGAGGACAACUACGCCAGUUGAAAUGAACAUCGCCUCUCAGCAGGUGGUGCUGAGUCUGAGUCAGGGUGACUGGGUGUGGGUGCAGGUGAAAGACAGCACCACUAACGGCAUGUUCACCGGCACCGAGUCCGCCAGCACAUUUACCGGGUUUCUGUUGUACCCAGACAGAUGUGAUGACAUGUUUGGAAGAGAUUUUACCAUCCCGAAAGUGUUCCCCGAGACAGAUAUCGCAUGGGGAACUCCAUAAAGCCCUACAUCUGUACCCUCUUAACCUACUCCUUAAACUCUUUAACAACCCCCACUUUCUAAACCAGCACCCAAAUUUUUAUCUACAGCUUAGACCAGUGGUAGAUAACCUUGCUCCUGGAGGGCUGCUAUUCUGCAGAGUUUAGCUCAACCCGAAUUAAAUGUACCUGAAGCAGCUAAUCGAGGUGCUCAGGUAGCAUGCAGGUGUGUUACAGCAGGGUUGGAACUAAAGUCUGCAGGAAGGCAGCCCUCCAGGAGCAGGUUCAGCAACUCAUGGCCUAGAGUAGACUUACACCCUAAAUUCUUAGUCUACUCUACACCCUCAAAACUGUAACCCAAAAUGUAAAACCUACACCCAACAAUCUAAACUGAAAAAUGUAUCUACUCCCUGAACCUGAACCCUACACCCAACAUUCUUAACUUUUACCAAAACUUUUAACUUCGCUAGACCUAUCAACCUACAGCCAGAAUUGUAAACUUUCCAGCAAACUUCUAACUACACUCCUAAACCUACACACACAAUUCUAAACCUAAACAUUUAUCUACUCCCUAGACCUGCACCCAACAUUCUAAACCCAAACUUCUAACUACACCCAACAUUCUAAACCCAAACUUCUAACUACACCCAACAUUCUAAACCCAAACUUCUAACUACGCCCAACAUUCUAAACCCAAACUUCGAACUACACCCAACAUUCUAAACCCAAACUUCUAACUAUGCCCAACAUUCUAAAUCCAAACUUCUAAUACUCAACAUUCUAAACCCAAACUUCUAACUUCACUCAACAUUCUAAACCCAAACUUCUAACUACACCCAACAUUCUAAACCCAAACUUCUAAUACUCAACAUUCUAAACCCAAACUUCUAACUACACCCAACAUUCUAAACCCAAACUUCUAAUACUCAAAAUUCUAAACCCAAACUUCUAACUACGAACCUAAACCUUCUAAACUUUCACUCAAACUAAAAUUGACCAAGCCCAAAAUGGUUAAACACUAAGCUUUUAAUUGUCUUAAACACAAAUUUGGUUAAGAAAUCAGCCAAAUUUAAGCAAAUGCACUACUUGCCAAUGCUGUCAUCAAAGAAUAUGAGAAAUUGUGUGUGGAAUCAUGAAUCACAAUGAAAGAGUUGCAUGGUGAUGCUCCGAAGAGAUACUGAGAAAUAUCACAGUGAAGCAUGCAGGAAGAGUGACAUUUUAGCUGCUGUUUCACUGUGAAAAGUCAUUUAAUGGUUUGGAGUACAGAAGAAUAUUGCAGAAUUUUUUGCUUCCAACAAAUUAAAAAAAAUUUUAAUGAUCAGAAGUUAUUUUUUUAACAAUGCUCCUGCUCAAAUUGCAAAGGCGACCAACUAAGUGGUCCAUCAAGCUCAUGAUUUAAUCUUUGGCCAGAGUCCAAAUUUUGAACCCUAAAGUGAAUAUUUGGUGUCACAUUAAACUCAAAUCAACGGAGAGACAUUUUUCACGAACUGUUUGAAGCCAUUGACUCCUCUUCUAUCUGCAAAAAGCUGUAUGAACAUUGGGGAAGGUUAUUCUCUGCUAAGUUACUUUAUCUUCAAUAUUUGUGGGAUUGCUAAUUUCCUGACCAGUGAUUUGGAAUUAAAAGGGAUAAGACCAUUAAAAGACCAUUUUUUGGCUUGGCCCAUUUUUUUUUUUUUGUUCACCCAACAUUUUAAACCUAAACAUUUAUGUACUCCCUAGACCUGCACCCAACAUUCUAACUUUCACUCAAACUUCUACACUAUAAAAAUGACUAGUUGACUUAACUUUAAAAAAGUGAGGAAUCCCAUUGCUUUAAAAUUGAGUAAUUCAACUUCAUGAAUAAUUGGGAAAAAAUGAAGUUAUGUGGAAUUGACCUACACCCAACAUUCUAAAAUUUCCCCCAAACUUCUAACUAAACCCCUAACCCCUACACCCUAAACUCUCAACCAAAUGAUGUUGUCCUCUAACAAACCUCUAAAAUGAUCCAGUCUUCCACCUAACCCUAUAAGUAUUUCUAUAAUAUUCUACAUUACACAUAGUUUCUAUUUUAAGACCACUCAAUGUAGUUUGUUUGUAGAAGUGAACCUUUGGCUGAAAGAAGAGCCUUCUCUUUCUCAUGAAUUAGUCUAGGUGGAUGUGAUCGGUGUUUAUUUACAGUGUAUUGUAUUGUACCUUCCGUGUAGAUCAGUCGGGAGGUUGCUCCCCUGACACAGAUGUUUGUAAAGAAUGUAAAAUGAGCAGGAACGCACCAAUCAGCUGUUAUAUCAUCAGCUAUUCAAAGGACACACACUGAGGAUACGAGCAAAAGUGGGAAUGAGAACAGGAAAGCUGGGAUGGUUUGCGUGUCUCAGAAUAGGUAAUCUGAGAGAAGAGAGGUGUUGUCUUACACAAUAAAAGUGUUAAACACCUAUUAGAGAGAGACUGUUUAUGUGGGGCUUAUAUCUUUUGAGUUUGGAUUAUUCAGACACACAACAAUAUGAUGGGGAACCUCUUACAGUGUUGCUUUUAAACAUUGGGGCGGGGGCCUAUCCAUAAAAAUGUUGUCCGGGGCGCUGUGAAUUUUAGCAACCACCAUGACACAUUAUGACACACAACAUGAAAAUCAACAACAAUGGUGUUCAUGCUCAAUGCUCUGUGUAUUGAUUACCCUUAUAUUUCCAAUAAAUUUGAAACUAUUCUAUAA